AGAAGAAGAAGAAGAGGAGGAGGAGGAGGAGGAGGAGGAAGAAGAAGAACUCGUAUAUCAGCAGCUGUGAUGUGAGCAGAAGAGCUGUAUCGCGCUCAGGACAGUCACUAACGUCUGCUCAGAACCUCGCUAGAUUUGUUUUUUAAAUUAAAGUCGCUAAAAGGCUCUUAAAAGUCGCCAAAUCGCUAAGGUAGCAACACUGAGCGAGGUCAACGCGAAUGCAGCAACAGCGCAUGCGCGAAUUGUUGCGCAUGCGAGUUUAAUGUUAAUGCGUCACCUUUUCACAGCGUCUUCUAUCUUCAUUACACCGGAAGCUGACUUCAGUUCCGUUCUCGUUAAAUCUCGUGUGUGUGACGGCAUUUCCGCCUCAGUGCUGGUACAGAGGGAUCAUGGCGACCUGGAGGCGGAUAAACUGCAUACCUGUCCUGCUGACACGCGCCUGCUGUAACGCUAACAAACAGUUAUUUCAAGUCAGAGCUAGGGCCUUGUCAUUUCAUCCUGCGUCAAGAAACCAAGUACCUACUUCUGAUGAGAACAGGGAUGUGGACCUUGGGGUGACACGUGACGGGGAAACCAUAGUGUGUUUCCACCCUGCUGCAGACAUUCCCUAUGAGCUCACAAAGCCCAUCCCCAGUCCAGAUCCUACACUUGAUUCUGCAGAAACACAUGAUCUAGUAUUGAAGUCGCAGCUUAAUAAGGACAUUUUAAAGAGUGAAAAGACGCCGGCUGUAGAGGAGCUUGCCAAGAUGUUCUACACCACAAAGCACCGCUGGUACCCAGUCGGACAAUAUCAUACAAGGCGCAGGAACCGAAAUCCACCCAAAGACAGAUAGCAAUGUUUGCUGUCUGAGAGCUGUAUAAAUGUGAUUGAUCCUAAUCUCUAUCACUUGCUUUUUGUGUGAAUAAAUAAAACCAUUAUAAAUGAAUUGCAAUAA